CUUCAAAUAGAAAUGGAAUUAAAUACAGAUCCAAUUAUUUUAUAAAAUUCAUCUACUGUCUCCUUGGGGUAAUUAUUAUUUGCAUUAUCUUAGGUAAUUUAAACCAAAAUAUUCUCAAGUAAUUUAUUCUGGAUCACAAGUGGCUGCAUCAAAAGAAUAGUAGUUGAAUUAAGGAAAUGAAAAUGAUCCUAAUAAAUAAAAAUAAGCCCCAUUAAUCGAAAAAGAAAUUGAAUUUAGAAAGAUAUUUUCAAAGUAUUCAUUUUUGACGCAUUCUUAGAUUUGCUGUGACGAAUGCAAUUUUUGGGAUUUAUUACCUAUUAACUCUAAUUUUACGAGGGAUAUUAUUACUUGAAAGUGAUGAUGUCGUAGGUAUGAUGUUAUUGCUUGCCAGGUAAUUUUGUAGUCUAAUAAUUAGUUAUACUUUGUGGGGAAUUGCAUUUUGCAUAGCCAUCAAGACAUUCAGAGAUUAAAGACCUUCAUAACUAAUUAUAUAUCAAGCAAAUUUAUUUGUAGUAGGCAUCAUUGACUGUUAUGUAUAAUCCUUCAUCUUUUCGGCAUUGGAAGGCGAACGGGUUUUUUAUGAGUUUUUCUUUAUGAGUCUCUGGAUCACAACAAUAGUCCUCUUGAUUACAUUAUAUUGCUAUUGCAAAACAUCAAAAGAUUUGAUGAUUGUGAUAUAAUACUUAAAACUUGAGUAUCUUCAACAUUCCUCAGAUACCAAUGUUUGA